AAUAGGAAAGACUUGGCCUUCUUUUAUGUCUCAUACUCGAUCUUUUGGGCACUAUCCAAAAUAGUUCCACUUGCCAACAUUUAUUAGAAAACAAAUCCUACUAUAAACAAAACACAGAACAUAGAAUUAACAAUGGUAUAAGAGAAUUAGUGAAAAUAUUAAAUCAAUUAAAUAUAUAUGAAAGCUUUUGACUAUUUGCCUUGGUCAACGAUGGUUUUGACAAGAUCACACUUCUCUAUGGGUGACUAUUUUGCCUUGGUCACCUCUGGUAUUGACAAGAAGUUCUCUAUUUCUCUUCUUCUUCUUCGUCUUCUCUGUAUUGUUCUUCUUCUCGAUAUGAUAGAUAAGGAAAUGAGAUCCAAAGCCAAGGGUCUUCUGAGACCAUUAAUCACGAAACGUAUACAACCUCUGAGUUCUUACAUGCAUCUCUUCCUCCUCUGUGUUCUUUUCCUAUCUGCCCUCUUUCUUACACCUUCGGAAGCUGUCUGUAACUUGCAAGAUCGAGAAUCUCUCCUGUGGUUUUCCGGCAAUGUUUCUUCUUAUAUUUCUCCUUUGAACUGGAGUUUGUCCACUGAUUGUUGCUCCUGGGAGGGAAUUACCUGUGAUGAUUCAUCAGAUAGUCACGUCACUACGAUUUCCUUGCCCUUUAGAGGACUCUCUGGGAUUCUCACUUCGUCUGUUCAGAAACUUCACCGUCUCUCUCGUCUCGAUCUUUCUUAUAACCAUCUCUCGGGUCCUCUCCCACAAGGUCUUUUCUCGACCCUUGAUCAGCUCAUGGUUCUUAAUCUUAGUUACAAUAGCUUUGAUGGUGAGUUGCCACUUGAACCAGCAUUUGGAAACGGAAGCAAUAGAUUCUUCUCAAUUCAGACACUUGAUCUGUCGAGCAAUCUUCUGCAGGGUGAAGUCCUCCACUAUAGUUCUGUUUAUCUUCAGGGCGCUAUCAAUUUGAUCAGUUUCAAUGUUAGCAACAACAGCUUCACAGGUCCAAUCCCUUCUUUCAUGUGCACGAGUUCACCGCAGCUCAGCAAACUGGACUUCUCCUAUAAUGAUUUCAACGGCCAUAUCUCCCAAGGAUUAGGCAGAUGCUCGAGGCUAAAAGUUCUACGAGCAGGCUUCAACAAUCUCUCUGGUGAAAUCCCAAGUGACAUUUACAAUCUUUUCGAGCUCGAGCAACUCUUUCUACCAGUCAAUCGUCUUUCUGGAAAGAUCGACAAACAUAUCACCCUGCUCAGGAAACUUACCACGCUUGAACUUUACUUCAAUCACCUGGAAGGAGAAAUAGCAGUUGGUAUAGGCAACCUCUCCAGCCUGCACAGCCUCCAACUCCAUAUAAAUAACCUCACCGGUUCAAUCCCGCUUUCUCUUGCAAAUUGCACCAAUCUCGUCAAGUUGAACUUGAGGAUCAAUAGGCUGGGAGGAAGCUUAACAGAGCUCGAGUUUUCCCAAUUGAAGAAUCUUAAGGUUCUAGAUCUUGGAAACAAUAGCUUCACUGGUGAUUUCCCUGAUAAGGUUUUCUCAUGCAAAUCGCUCACAGCAAUCAGAUUUGCAGGCAAUAAGUUAACGGGACAGAUAUCUCCUCGAGUACUGAGACUUGAGUCCCUGUCGUUCAUGGGUUUAUCAGACAAUAAACUAAGUAACAUUACAGGGGCUCUCAGCAUUCUACAGGGCUGCAGAAAGUUGUCCACUCUAAUCAUGGCAAAGAAUUUUUACGACGAAACAGUUCCAAGCAAACAAGACUUUCUUGCACCAGACGGAUUCCCCAAACUCCGAAUAUUUGGUUUAGGUGGAUGCAGAUUGAAAGGUAAAAUACCAGCUUGGCUGAUCAAUCUCAAGAAGGUAGAAAUUAUAGAUCUGUCAUUGAACCGAUUCGUAGGUUCAAUUCCUGGUUGGCUAGGAACUCUUCCAGAGCUUUUCUACUUGGAUCUUUCCGAUAACCUUCUUAUAGGAGAGCUGCCAAAGGAGAUCUUUCAACUAAAGGCUCUGAUGUCCCAAAAGACGUACGACGCAACAGAAAAGAACUAUCUAGAGCUGCCUGUUUUUCUCAAUCCCAAUAACGUUACCACCAACCAGCAAUACAAUCAGCUGUCCAGUCUCCCACCUACGAUUUUCAUCAGAAGGAAUCUUCUGACCGGGAGUAUACCAGUCGAGGUUGGUCAGUUAAAGGGUCUUCAUAUCCUCGAGCUUCAAAGUAACAGUUUAUCUGGCAGCAUCCCAGAUGAACUGUGGAACCUCACCAACUUAGAGAGGCUGGACUUAUCCAACAACAAACUAUCCGGUAGAAUCCCUUGGUCGCUCACAGGACUCCAUUUCAUGUCCUAUUUCAAUGUGGCGAACAACAGUCUAGAAGGGGCAAUACCAACAGGAAGUCAGUUUGAUACUUUUCGAAAAGCAUAUUUUGAAGGAAACCCUUUGUUGUGCGGUGGUGUACUGCUGACUUCCUGCACACCUCCUGCUACACCUACAACCACGGUAAAGGAUGAUGGGUCAGACAAAACAUUUCUUAUGGGGAUUGCCAGUGGAUACUUUUUAAGCUUUAUUUCGACUUUAGUGGUGCGUGCCUGGCGGAUGUAAUGCAAUCAUAUAUGUGCAGCGAGUCACUUAAAAGACGUUUUGUCGUUUCAUUUCAUUUUUCCAUGGA